CCCCUUGAGGACUCCGCCUCUCCUUGGGGACACCGCGCUACCUCCUCGGGGAUGCGCCUCCCCUUGGGGACUCCGCCCUCCCCUUAGGGACUGGAAGGAGCUGAAGCAGAAGGAGCUGGAAGCAGAAGCUGCCUUGGGGGGCUCCGCCCUCCCCUUCCCGUUUCCGCGCCCUCAGCAGCAGCCAGGGGGACUGACGAGCAGGUUGGGUGCAGCAGAGGAGGGUGAGGGUGCGUUGGCGGCAGGAGGCAGUAGAGCAGGGGGUUGGGAAGGGUGCCUUGGCUCUGGCACACCACCCUUCCCGCGCCCUUAGCACCCAGGGGGACUGCCCUCUGAGGCGGGAGGGGUUGGGUGCAGCAGAGGAGUUGGCUGCUCUGUGAGGAGAGGAGAGUCAGCCAAGGAGUUCCCUUGGAGCGCUGGCGCUAUGUGCUGCUGUGAUGGAGUGUGUGCCGUGGAUUGGAGGCACUGGCACUGGAGCGGAGACGCCGGUGGAAGGAGAAGCGCCAAGCAAGAUGGGCGCUCCAAGCACAAGAGGCCGUGGUGCGCCAGAGGCAGUGGUGCACCAGAGGCGGUGGUGCACCAGAGGCGGUGGUGCACCAGAGGCGGUGGUGCACCAGAGGCGGUGGUGCAGCAGAGGCGGUGGUGCAGCAGAGGCGGUGGUGCAGCCGAGGCGGUGGUGCACCAGAGGCGGUGGUGCACCAGAGGCGGUGGUGCACCAGAGGCGGUGGUGCACCAGAGGCGGGGGUGCAGCAGAGGCGGGGGUGCAGCAGAGGCUGGUGGAGUGUGGGAGGACGGACCAGGCGGAAGGAGGCUCACCAAGCCUCAGGUGCAGCAGAGGGAGGGCGGAAGGAGGGGCACCAAUCCUCAGGUGAGGCGGUUGGCGGCUGCAGGAGGGGAGCCUGGGGAGACUGGCGCGGCGUGCAGCAGAGGCGUGCAGCGGAGGAGCUACUCUUGGGACAGCAGCGACUUCUGCUUCAGGUGUGAGCUUCAGCGUGGUGCCCGGGUGAGCGUUAGGGGCUCCUCCCCGAACGGCCAAGAGGGGUCCACAGGUAAGGAAAGGACACACACCUCAGCGUGGAGGGGAGGGGUAGUAGUAGGAGUAGUGUUUGCUGAUGCAUCUUGUUAGGGGUAGGAGUAGGAGUAGCGUUUGUGGAUGUAUCUGGUCAGGAGUAGAAGUUGGAGUGUUUUUUUUGUGAUGCAUCUUGUCAGGAGGGGUCCACAGGUAAGGAAAGGACACACAGUAGGGCAGGGCAGCGACGCAUGGGAGGGCAGCGAUGCAUGGGUGAGCAGGUGAGCUGGUGAGUAGUAGUAGUAGUGUUUGCUGAUGCAUGUUGCAUCUUGAUAGGAGUAGGAGUGGGCAUGGUUAAUGAUGCAUUUUGCUGGGCAUUUUUCUAGGGCUAGGAGUAGGCGUGGGUAAUGAUGCAUUUUGCUGGGCAUGUUUGCUAGGAGUGGGAGUAGGCAUGGUUAAUGAUGCAUUUUGUUGGGCAUUUUGCUAGGAGUAGGAGUAGGCAUGGCUAAUGAUGCAUUUUCCUGGGCACUUUGCUAGGAGUAGGAAUAGGCAUGGUACAUGAUGCAUUUUGCUGGGCAUGUUUGCCAGGAGUAGAAGUGCAUCUUGAUAGGAGUAGGAGUAGGAGUAGGAGGUAGGAGUAGGAGUAGGUCCCGGGCGACGGACCCCCACCUCACCGUGGUGUCCGGGUGAACGUUAGGGGGCAGUGGCUCCCCUAACGGCCAAGAGGGGUCCAAGAGGGGUCCAAAGGCAAUCAGCUGAGCAGACCGGGGCGUCUGCAGGGUCUUGAUGCCAGGCUUCCUGUCUGUUGCGCCCUGCUGACACUAUUGUCUCUUCUUGUUGACCUGCUAGGCGUCUUUGCAUUUCUUGUAAUGGAUUCUACCAUCUUGUAAUGGAUUCUACCAUCUUGUAAUGGAUUCUACCAUCUUGUAAUGGAUUCUACCAUCUUGUGUCCUGCUGCACUUUCGUUGUUGCUGUAUCCUGAUUCUUGGCUGGUUCCGCUGUAUGUCACUACCAAUGUCACGACCUGUGUCGCAACCCGUAUGUGUUUAGCACACCGCAACCCAUGUCACCAUCCCACCCUCACCAGCACAGCAUCGGCAUCCCAUGCCGCCCUACCCUGUCCUAUGCUGCUCUCCCUACUAUACUGGAUACUUCACUGCUCCACCCUGCUGGUGAGAGGCGCCGGUGCUGCCCUCUCUGUGUAUUUCGGCUGCCCCUGCAUGCUGUCAGUGCUGGCACCCAUGCUGUCUUGGUAGUUGAUGACACCGCAACCCUUUCAGUGCCACAGCCCACGUGGGCGGCUCAGCUCAUGUGUGCAGAUUCUACAGCUUGUGGUGUUGCGUGCGACGGUGAACAUAGGUGCAGGGCAGGAAGGGGGAAGGUAGACAUGUGCUCCCCAGUGUAGCUGGGGGGCAUAGAAAGGUUACUGUUGUCUGUUUCGCACACUGCAUAUAGACUUGCCAAUUCUAGGAUCCAGUACUAGAAAUCAUGUAGAA